UAUAAGUGUUGAUUAGCACUGCCGGCUUUGCACCCUUCUCGUUGUGGCGGUGAUGCUGGGAGAGGCCAGGAUGGACUGAGCUGCUAUUCAUUUAAACCCAAACUCUUCUCAUAGUUGUAGAUCUCCAGCAGUCUUACCCCCGGACAUCCUAUUCGUAUGUACAGUGCUGCAGCUGUAGUGCGCUCUGAAGAAUCUCGCAUCACUUUGAAGCGCAAGCUCGGUGUCUCUGGUUUUUGGUUUGCUGCUUGCGUCUUUUCAGCAAUGGCACUGAUCCACGAUAUCAGGAGCGCUGUCAUCUCUGCUCCGUCCAGAAACAACACCGUGUCCUCAUCGGCAAGCCUGACCCCCACGGCAAGCGACCGGGGCUGUGAGAACGGAGCCCUGAUGGACAGCUUUGGGAUCUUUCUGCAGGGGCUGCUGGCAGUCGUGGCGUUCAGUACAUUGAUGCUGAAGCGCUUCCGGGAACCGAAGCAUGAGAGACGGCCGUGGAGGAUAUGGUUUUUGGACACUUCCAAGCAGGCUAUUGGGAUGCUGUUCAUUCACUUUGCAAACGUUUAUUUAUCAGACCUCACUGAAGAGGACCCCUGCUCCCUGUACCUCAUCAAUUUCCUGCUGGACGCCACGCUGGGGAUGCUGGUGAUCUACACGGGGGUGCGUGUGGUCUCGUGGCUCGUGGAGUGGCAGCAGUGGGACGCUCUGCGCUUCGGGGAGUAUGGAGAGCCCCUGCAGUGCAGUGCCUGGGUGGGCCAGUGCGCUCUCUACAUCCUCAUCAUGAUGUUUGAGAAGGUCGUGAUCAUCCUGGUCUUGCUCUUACCUCAGUGGAAGAAGCUUGCGCUCCUGAAUCCCAUUGAGAACCCCCAGCUGGAACUGGCCAUUGUUAUGUUGAUAGUUCCCUUCUUUGUCAAUGCGCUGAUGUUCUGGGUGGUUGAUAACUUCCUCAUGAAGAAGGGGAAGACGAAAGCCAAGCUGGAGGAGGAGAGAGGGGACGAUUCUCACAGCAGCAGAAAGGUCCGUUAUCGGCGGGCUCACUCUCACGAGGAGUCCGAGUCAGAGAUCCUGAUCUCCGCUGAUGAUGAGAUGGAUGACUCUGAUGGAGAAGAUGAUCUGAGGAGGCUGACGAAUUCCAAACCCCUCAAGAAGAAGAAGCACCGGCUCGGGCUGCCGGUAUGACCCGCCCCUCAGCCCAGUGCUGCCAUCCCGAGAGGAGACUGCUCCACUGGACCGGUCCAGUGGGCUCUCAGAACCCCACUAAACUACGCCCCUUCCAGGGAAACUAACGGACAGAGCAAGGAGUAUCAAAGAGAGGUCGGCAGUCGACGCCAGGGAUUUUCACACGUCAACCCAGCGUUGAAAUUAAAAAGACUGUAAAUAUAUAUAUAUCUCCUCUACAACUUUAUAAUGUUUGUUCUUGCUUUCCCAUCCUCUAGUCUAUGUACCAUUACCAUUCUGUCACAAUAGGGCUGCUUUUUAAAGGGUUAGUAAACCAGGUAUCAAACUGCAUUGUCGGAUCACUGCCCUUGUUUCAGAGAGCAAAGCUUUAGAGUCGCAGGACAGCUUUAUUACCGUGUUAUUGGAGUCCUCUGUUGUUUUUCUUUUAAUCUGUGAAGGUGUUUUAUUUCUUUUCCACAACAGAAAGGAAGGGCAAGUUAAAGACAUAUAUUCAAUAUAUAUUCGUUGUGGUUGCUCCAGUUUUGUUUGGUGACGGUGAUGAUGAUGAAGCACAUGUGGACAGGGGUCCUGUGUGUGCAUAAGAAGAGCUGUGGCACUCCUGCAGCCCCACACAUGGUGAGAAGAACAUGUCUGAAGCAGGUAAAAUGCUUUGUCUUCUCAGUGUGACCAGCAGAGGAGAAAUCGCGCUUUUCAGAGCUUGUUUCAAUGGCUUUCCAGCAAAAGCAUACUGAGCUGGCUGAAGCGAGGCUGAGUAACUCCCACUGGUCUGCUGGGGCUGGAAAGACUAAAACUCAGCACACUGAAUACUUGUUACAGUACGGCUUGACUUCAUUUCUUAAAGGUACUUCUGUUGCAUUGUAGCGCUAACACAAACUGCUGUAACCAGUACAUUUAGAUCAACGGGAAUGUUCAGCUCUCAUUAGGCACUGAGAACAGCAACAAAGCGCUUAUCUAACAAUAUUACUGACUUGUUUUUACCAACUGAAUGUCUUCAGAUUUUU